CAUUUGUUCGUUGACACGUGCAGAAAAACAAGUCCGAGGCCCGCUUUCGUCCCAGCUGUGUCAUGUGUGUUUUUGUAAAAAGGUGUAGCUACCAGUGGCAAGUUCAGGGAGCUUUUCGUAUGUUUUUAGGAUGAACCCGCUCGAGUGGGACGAACCGGUCCCAGCAAACGUACUGGUCAGUGCAUUGUGGUCCCUGCUCCAUACACUCUACUCAUGGAUCGAGUAUUUGUCGCUCAUGGUGCGAUGGUGUCACAAAGUAAUGCUGCAGUGGUCGCUGGGCGGGUGGUUGGUGACGGCGAGGGAAAAGCAUCGCCUGAAACAAUCGCAGUUGGCCAUUAAAUUGCAGCUGCAGAACGUGGAUAAGGUUCCAAAGCACCUGGUGGUUGUGUUAGGGCCGGAGGAGCCAAAUUAUACGAUGCUGUCGAAUUAUAUUCUCUGGGCUUACGCAGCCAACAUCGAGUACGUUAGUUUUUACGAUCAUAACGGACUAGUCAAACGUAACCACGAGCAGAUUAUGCGCUACGUGUGGGACGUCCGGCUGGACGAUACCAGCGACAAGCUGGAAUGGUCACGACAACAAGCGGUACCCUCGAGUGUGGAAUGUUUCGAGGCAUGGCCACGCAGCGGCCGGAGGACGGUGGUUGCAUUCUUCUCUCCGGAAGACGGCAAGCCGGGACUGGUGAACCUCAGCCGAUCGAUUGGCGUGUCUGUGCGUAAGCGAGACCUUGCGCUGUCGGAGGUGAACAUUGACUAUCUCGACCGACAACUGCAGGCGGCCCACAACCACAUUCCCGACCCGGACCUGGCCAUCUACUUCGGCAACAUUUGCUCCACGUACGGGCUGCUGCCGUGGCAAAUUCGUUUGACCGAGUUUCUACCGCUCGAAAGGCGGUUAAGGGAUAGCAACGAGCAGCAUUUCGUGAACUGCCUGCUGAAGUACGGAAAAUGUGAACAGCGUAUCGGGACGUAGUGCAGCACUGAAUCGAAUAAAAUUUGACUAUUUUUUCUAGA